CCUGCUUUUUAGACCAUGACAACAAACAACACAAAUAUCACAAUCCCUUCAAUCUUAUUCUUGUCUAAUCCCCUCCUUUAUGCAAUUUUGCCAUUUAUACAAGAAUAGUUUGAUUCCUUUGCUUAGCAUUUCAGCGUCAUCGCCUUGAUCCCGCAAAAUUCACACUUUUUUUGUACCACAUCAACAGCAAUAGCUACCACCAUAGCUACCACCAUAACUACAGUAUCAACAGUUAAUUAUUGACUUUAUUGACUUUACCGAUCUAUAUGUGUACAGCUAGUUGGAGUUUUAUUCACUUUUUAUAAACUAUCACCUUUUAUGACGGUUGAAUAUUCAUCUUAAAAUUCUAUCCACCGGUCCGAUCUUUUGGGAGCAGGUUUUCACAACAUAACAUUCGACCGGACAACCAUACAAACCCCUCGAGGUUCUCUUUUUUAAACAAACAUGGCUACCUCUACUUUGCGACCAAGUACUCCUCCACCUUCAACUUCCCUCAAAACUCCAUCAACACCACGUUUUGGAUAUGAUGAUGAUUACGAACCUUAUUCGCCCAGGAAGUCAAGUCGAGUAGCUUCAAGAGCAAUUCGGAACGCGGUAACUCCACCACCUCCAACUAUCAAACAUAAUAUUCGCAACAAUCUUUCUACUCCACAAUCAACACCUCGAGCCGCUAGAAGGGUCAUAUUUUCCGGUACACCACAACAUAUUCACUCGUCGGUACCUAAAUCUCCUCAGACUGCGACAAAACGACGCGCACCUCAAUCGACUACGUCAAUUGAAGGGCGACAAGUUUCUGGCGCAUUAAAUCUCGACAACACAACCUCCGCAGCUACAGCUCUCGGUCUAACUCCCAAAAGUAAAAAGAGAGAGCAUAAGAUGGACCACCAUCAGCGACCUGGCACAAUGGUUCGUGGCGAUGGCAUGCUACCAACACCUUCUAAGACCCCACGUCACCCCAAGCAAACGGAGGAGUUAAAACAAGGAAUUAAUGCGGUUUCUCGUACCUUGUUUACCUCAAUCCAUGCUGAUAAUUCGGCGGAUGCCAUGCCAAAACCAAAGAAGAGCCGCAAGAGAUUUGACAACUAUGGCCUUGGUAGCUCUUCAGGAGAUGAACCAAUUGCUAUCUUCACCGAUUCGGAGGACCGCAUUCCAGAGGUCGACAGCCAUUCCGAUAAUCCUUUCUUUGGUAGUAGCCCUCCACAGAAUACCAGAGGCAGAAGCAGAAAGCCCAAGUUGAUUCACGUUCCAGGAGAGGAAGACCAAACUAUGGAGCAGCUUACGGGUCGUGAGGAUGGACAUGUUGCCAACUUGUAAGUUCCAUAUGCUUCCCGAUCUAGAGACUAAUUUUGCUAACUAUUACUGCUAUAGCCGUGGUAAACUAAUCUUCAAAAAGAGUUCGAAUGUCUCGGCAAGUCAUAGUCCAACUCGAAGUAGGGGUCGUGCUGAAGUCAUGAUUCUGGACCAAAGUUUUACUGGCGAGUCUAAUGGGCCAGUCACACGCUCAUGCAGGCGCCAGCUGUUCACCAAAAAUCGCCAAGCUCCCGCCAUUCCACAAGUCCAAGUCACUGAAGAUGAAGAGGAGGCUUUGACUGAUAUCGAGGAAAAGUUUGACACCGAUGCGACAGACACGGAUGCUGAGCUACGUACCCCAUUCCAUACCCAAGGUCUUAUGACUCCGGAUGCGCCAAGAUUUGGACCAACCUCCUCACCAACUAUCAAACGAGCUACACGCGCUACAAAGAGAUAUGACGUUGUCGAAUCGCCAGUAACUCCUCCACGUCGUGGUCGAUCUCAGGCUACUAGUCCAUUCAAAUCAUCCAGGAGUGACAACAACUUUGAGCGCGCAGCGAAAAAGCGUGAUGGGGAAGCCGUUGCAAGACCUACUGAGGAAGUGAAGAGAGCACGCAACUAGGAUCCUUCAUUAGGAUUCUUGUCAUGCGCUUCUUAUUUGCUCUAUGGUCAUUGGAAAGAAGAUUGAUUGCAUCUUGGUGAACGCGUUGGACGGGCGGGGCGGGAGUUUUUGCAGAGCUUUUUGAGUCACCUGCUUAUGAGCUUUCUUUGACUGCAGGGAUUUGCAGUGUUUAUUUCUUUUAAUCACCUACUUGAGGCAUUUUACUUUUUUAACGGUCGUCCCUGCAUGAUUUGAUGGGCUCUUCGAGGCCAUUGCACAUGGCAGAAUUUUGGACCCCUUCUUGCGCACCUCUUUUGUAAAAUACCAGGAAAUGGCGUUUUCAGUUUUCAGGCAUAGCGAGAUUUGGGUCUACUACUGUACCUUACGAAAUUAAAUGAUCAAGCAUAUUAACAAACU